UGUUGUUGUGUUGACUCCCAACAUCCAGCAGAUGUCAGCGUCUGUCAAACAUUAGCCAAGUGGAAUUUUACAGCUCAAAGUUGGCUUUGAAAUGAAUGCGUCAUUCUCAUUUUAAGCUUUAAUUUAAAUUAUAGGCCGACACAAAAGAAUAUAAUGUAUUUUUAUUAGUUUCAGUAACUCUUAAAUUGCUAACUCUGACCUUCCCUUGCAUCAUGUUAAUAUUCAUACAUUCCUUUAUUGUUCUGAUUCCGACGUUUGUACAGCAUUUACGCAUUAGGAAGUCAUUCAGAGGCGAGGGAGCAUUUGGUCCUGUACAAGUUAACACUUUGGUCCAGAUGCACGGUGCAGACCAACGAGCCAAUCACAGCGGCUCCAGCAGGAGGGGUUUGGCAGCUCUGCUCAGCAGCGCACCACAAAGUUGCGGAGCAUCUCUGAGUCCCUGCCCGCUUUUCACUUGACAUCCCUCACUCUCCUCCACACUUCACACCUUCACUCCACUUCAGCCUUUUUCCCCCCGUCAACAGUUCGAGCGACCCGCAAGAUCAAGGUGUGUCUCGGCGUGUUUAUUAAAGAUGCUGGCUUGUACGGAGAUGAUCACUAUGUGUCUGCAGUCGGCCAAACAGAAGCAUCUUCAGGCUCAGCAGCAGCAGCAGCAGCAGCAGCCGCCGCCGCUGCACAGAGCUGGACAAGGUCUUACUAUCUUUCAUGAUAUUUUCCGCCGAGCAGACAAAAACGAUGAUGGUAAGCUGUCGUUUGAAGAAUUCAACACUUACUUUGCGGAUGGUAUCCUGACUACUGAGGAGUUACAAGAGCUUUUCUACUCCAUAGAUGGUCGACAGAAUAACAAUCUGGACACUGACAAGCUAUCAGAUUAUUUUUCUCAGCACCUGGGGGAAUAUCUCAGUGUUCUUUCAGCUCUGGAGAGCCUGAAUAUUGCCAUCUUAAAGGCGAUGGAUAAAACUAAAGAGGAGUACCAGGGUUCCAGUGUGUUGGGCCAGUUUGUCACCAGGUUCAUGCUGCGAGAGACGUCCAGUCAGCUGCUGUCUCUGCAGAGGUCGCUGCAGUGUGCCAUGGAGGCUGUGGAGGAGCAGAGCAGCCCUGCCCCGAGAGAGGUAAAGGCACCGGAGCUGACAGCAGUACAGAAGAAUGGCAGGCGGUGUGGUCGCAGGGUCCAUAAUAACCUGUGCAUGUCCCCAUCAGAUCCCUGCUUUGGCAUCCUGACCACUGGUGUGAGCGUGGAGGAUGGAGAGAACUGGUGCUCUCAAAUCAACAGGCUGCAGCAACUGCUGGAUAAACUGGAGUGUCAGAGUCCCAAGUUGGAGCCACUGAAAGAAGACACACUGGCCAGCACAUACAAGUCUAACAUCCUGCUGGUUCAGAGGCAGAUGUCGGUGACCGUAGAAGGUCUGGAUAACUUCCGGAAAGUUCUGAAAAGCUACAUCGAUGCCACCUCAGCUCACUCUGACAACCUGCAUGUGUCCGUUCAGAAGCUCCCGAGAAAGUCGUGUUACAUAAUUUAUGAGUUCUGGCAAGACCGCAUCUCCUGGAUGAGCUACCUGCAGUCCAACAACAGUAAAGAUUUCCAGCGUUGCAUCAUUGACAUGUUGGAGGAUGCUGAAGUGGUAUCUACUAUGUUGCUCCCAGGGACCUGCUCACAUUCACCACACAUCGCAUGGCUUCGAGACUGCUGGCUUCUUAAGUCUGUCAUUGUGGUCGUCUUUGGCCAAGCUGCUGAAUGUUUGUAUCUGCACCCAGGCGCCACUGUCAGUAACUUACUAAUCAUCCAGUGUAGUCUGCUGGCAAAUGCUGUGUCCUAAUUCCAUAUCCACUCACCACCAUCCACAAUUUAUUUACAUCUUUUACUGGCUCCUCCAUUUCCUUUAUGCAUUGCAUUGUUGGAGUACUCCCAACAGUCAACUCUCAAAUAGAGCAAUAAAAUGUUUAUUUAUAUCAGUAGUUGUCAACUUGUCAACAAACCACUACAUAUAUGCAACACAAAAAAAGUAGCUAAUAAAGGCUGUUUAUUUAGAUGAAUGCUCUCGAGUUGGAACAAGCAGAGGCUUUCUUGUCCUUCUCCUCCUGCAAAUCUUACAUGUAUCCGUAUGCAGUAUGGAAUUUGGAUACAGCUAUUAUUGUGGCCAAACUCUAAUUAUUAUUAUGUUGGCCAAAUGCCUCAGCCUUUUUCACAUAGGCUACUCUUCUUUUAGUCAACAGUCAACAACCAGUAAUGAGACAUUGUACUGUGUGUGUACCAUUCCUGAUGGUCCUGCUGUGUUGUGACGUCUCUUGAUCUUUUUUUCUGUUUCAGUAAAGCUGUUAAUUUGUUUUCUAUAAAGCAACUUGUCUGUUUGGGUUUGGUUUUUUUUUGAGACACUGCCUGUUUUUUUUUCUGAGAGACAGACAUCAUUAGUAGGUUGCUUUGCUCUGAAUCUCUGAUGCAUUUUGCUGCUGAGGAAGUGAGGCCACUAUGCACUGAUUGGAAGGAAGAGGGAAGAUAGUUUAUGAGGUGCACGUAACAAGCGCAAGAAUAAAUAAAACAGCUUUCUGUUGCUCAUAUAUCUAUGGCUAUUAUUGUCUGUGCUGCUGACUGUCACUGGCCACUGUCUUUAUACUUUUUUUCCCAGUAGGUUCUUCUUCUUCUUCUGCACCAGCAGCCAGCUAUUUUAAGGAGACAGUUAUUCUGUUAAACUUUAAUUAUCGCUAAGAAACUGUUCACAGCUUCGACAUUUGCUACUCUAAGAAUGAUGACAGAUUAUCUGUCUGUAUUAUGUCUGCUUUACUUAUGAAUGAUUUGAAGACAGCACAACAAUGAGCAGGUGACUUUAUAUAGUGUGUCUAUGAAGCUGUGAUUUUCUUGCAGUUUGAAUUGCCACAUUCUCAAACGACACGUUAUUGACACAUCAGUUAUUUGGUUUUGGUUUUAUUUGGUUAGAGGAAUGUUCACCUGAUAAACAAUAAAGGAGCUUCAUAAAAUGUGAAGUGCAUUAAUGAUUUCUAAAGCUACCCUGACAAUUCCCUCAGGGGUCAUAAAUUGCCCGGAGUUGCACAGUUGAUGUGAAUCGACCUAACUCUUAUCAUUCUG